CAAGGGAACAGCUACCAUUCCUUCAUCUUUUCAAAGAACUUCUAAUUUGGAGGAAAUUUUACUUGUUUGAGCCAAAAAAGCUUAUUACCAGAUUUGUUUUGCUGUUCACUGCUAGCUGUUUGACGGUCAACUGUUGAACCCGUGCUGGGAUUUGUACAAGAUUUCCUUUUGACUGCGGAAAUGAGGGGACGUGUGAGAUGGGAUGAAGCCAAUCUUGGGGAGAUUGAAGCAAAUAAGCCUGUAAGACAGAAGAUUACAGAACCAAAGACGCCAUAUCAUCCUAUGAUUGAUGAUGAUGGAUCAUUGUCUCCUAUACGAGGAGGUAGCUUUGAUGAUGGGUUGGCUGCUGAUCCAGUGAAUGCAGAAGCAAUAUGUUUUGCAUUGAAUGACAUGGCUUCUUCCAGUAAAACUACUUCAAGACGCUCAGGCUGGACAUCAUCUGAGGAUGAAGCAGAUGCCAUGGAUCAAGAUGAAGAUUCUGAUUCAGAAAGAAGCAGGACCUUUCGGGAGCACAGACGGGCUCAUUAUGACGAGUUCCGCAAAGUGAAGGAAUUGCGAAGAAAGGGCUCUUUGCUUGAAGAUGCAUCUGAAGAUGAGGAUGAAAAUGGUGAGAGAAAGGGUAAGAAUGACCCAUCAGCCUUGGCUGAUGGAGUCAAAGACAUAGAGAUAGAAGGGGACAAUGAUGCCACUGGACCAUCAAAGCCUGCCAAUGGAACUUAGUUGAUGUUACAAACAUUUACAAACAUUUACAGGAAAUGUUUAUUUCUUUUUUUCAUUGAGGUGGUUUUGUUGCAAUUCUCGGAUCUGCUUUGAUCUGGAACGUGUGCUUUCUUCCUUUGAGAUGUAUAUAAGCAUUUUUAAUAUGUAGGAUCUUUUGACAGACUUCCUCUGGUGAAUGAGGGAAUAAUCUUGUAACAGUUGCUGAAAACAUGAUGCUUGGUGAGCACAAUGUUUCAGGUCAAAAUGUUCCUAGCGCUUUGAGUUCAGUUAAGCUUG